AUGGGUAGUCAAGAUACGACAAUACCGGUAUAUAAAGGUGCCGAAGUUGACGAUAUUGAAGAUUUUCUCUUUGAUUAUGAGGGUUACGCCAAAGCAAAGAAGUAUGACGAAGAAACUACAUGCUUUAGGGUAUACAUGCACAUGCCCGAAAGUUCAAGAGCAUGGGUACAAAAAAUAGUACAGACAGAAAAAACAUGGGACAAUUUAAAAAAAGAAAAUUGUAGAUCAGGUGAAAAAGAAUCUGUGAGAGAAUAUACGAAUAGGUAUAAGGCUUAUGCCGAAGUUGCAGGAAACAAACUUAGAGCUGAUGAGAAACGUGACUGGUAUGUUCAAGGUUUGAAAGAACCAUAUCAAUCAAAGAUCGAAAGUCACUGUCCUAAGAACUAUGAUAAGGCAAAGAAGAAGGCGUUAGAAAUGGGUGAAUACAAAAGGGAUAAAGACCUUAAUAAGAACAAUAGCUUUACAGGACCUGAUGAAACGGCACAAUCAAAUAAAGCAGAUAUGGACAUUGACAGUAUCGUAAAUAGGCUGGCGGCACUUAGCAUAAAUCGGGUUGAACGAGAAGAGAAGCUAAAUCGAAAUGAAGUUGAAGACAUGGUUAAAAGUCUUGAAGGACACAUCAUUAAGGAUUGUCCAAAACGGGAUAAAGAAAAUGUUCAGACCAACAAAGGUUUAGAUGAGACAUAUAAAGAUGAUUCAACACAAAGAAUUAUCCAUAAAGUGAAAAAUGGACAUAAUUUGGAGGCGCGAGAAGUCAAACCCAUAAAUUGUGGAAAUUUAAAUGGACUGUCAUUUUAUGGUCGAAUAAGCUAUUGGGAAGCGAAAAAUGAACAGAAUGAUGGUACCAUAUUGGGGAAUGAUACUUAUAGAUCAAUUAAUGAAAAGGGUCUCUGA